GACGGAGAUUUAAGUUGAACGGAGCUCAGGGAGGAAUCGACACACUGCUGUACUCAAUCAAAGCUCCCAAUCCCAGCAUCAUCAACUCAACCAUAUCGCUUACGACAUCAACACCAAGGCGCGAGGCCUAACUCAUCACCAUGUCUCUCACACACCUUUCAAACAUGUGCUCUCACCUCAACAAUGUCAGCAAGGCCCGUCUCGGCCUCACAUCCAUCGUCGACACCAAAAUGCAUCGCAACCUCAUCCUCGCCAUGCAACAACAAGGACUUAUAGGCACCAUCGUCCGCGGCGGACGGUCACCGCCACCUCCUCAUCUACUUCUCGGACAACCUACAGCAACAUCAGUAGCAGCCGACGGUAGCAGUGCUGCUGGCAGCUCAAUAGUCGAAACCGAACCCGUCACCCAAGCCAACAUCGCCUCCAGACGGCUCUGGCUGGGCCUUAAAUACUGGCAAAGUGAGCCUGUACUAGGCAAAAUUACACCUGUCAGUAAACCCAAGCGAAGGAUUACUAUGGAUCUCCAGGGUUUGCGUAGAGUGAUUCGAGGAUCGCGGAGUGGGACUGUGGAUGGAUUGAGAUCACCUGGUGAAUGUCUGUUCCUCGCUACGGACCGGGGUAUUAUGGAGGCUAGGCAGUGCGUCGAGAAGAAAGUUGGUGGGUUGGUUCUAUGUCGGGUCGAGUAGAUACUCUUCUACUUCCACACCCUUCGAGAAAUGGUUUUAUUGUUUUAGCAUCGAUUAGGAGUUUGGAUGGUUACAGUAGAAGUCAUACACUUUGUGGCUUCAUUCUAUAUAGUUAUUAUACCUUGCGUUGUAUGUAUAUUAUGUACAAUAACAAUUUCACUUCACUGACCUUCAACUGGU